AUGCCUGCGUGGAUUAUUACUCCCAAGGAGGAGCAGGUUAUCUUUGAGAGAUGGAGAAAGAAGGCUUUUGCGAGGUGUGAUGACUUGAUCAAGGCAUACGUGGAGUGUUCGAACAGUUUUGAGAACCCCAUGGACGCCAUGAAAAACUGCGAGGCAGCCAAUAAACGAUCCUUGGACUGUGUUGCCAGCUAUCAGAAGAUGGAGUAUCUCGAUCAGGAAAGAGACAUACUCAUAGCUGAAAAGAAGCAAAAGCAAAAAAUAUAUAGGCAACGCUUGCAGGAAGCGAAAGAGCUUCGGGAUCAAGAAGCUCAAAAGUGA